AUGAAAAACGUCAAGAUCGGCUGCUGCAACGGACAGGCUUACAAUUCGCAGAAGCGAUGCUGCUGCCGACGAGUUUCGUUUGAUAUGGACAAGAAAUUCUGCUGCGCCAUCAACGGUUGCGAAAGCUUCAAGAUCAUGAAUAGAGGCAGCAUUCAGGACUACAACGAUUGUCUUUCUCUUGAUGGUCUCGUCGUGCAGGAAUACGGCUACCAAGGUCAACGAGGACAGCCCAAGAUCUUCGGAAACGACCGAAGCCGAAACUAA